GGCAUUUACUCGGCUCCCAAAUCAAAGGCGGCUAUUCAUUCCCGGGAGCUGCCUGAAUGUCCGUCUGCAUCCGGCCUCUUCAUUUAGAUGCUGAGCGCUGCUGCCCGGGAGAGCCGAGAGCCGGGCUGCGUGCAGCUGAGCCGCGGCCGAGCGCUGCCUCCCCUCCUCCUCGCCUUCCUCCUCCUAUCGGCUCCUGCGCCCUCCCCACCCCAAGGGCUCCCGCUCCGUUUGCUGCAUUCCCGGAGCAGCUGCGGGCGGCCAGUGUGCGGGCGGGCGGGCUGGCGGGCGGGCGGGCCCCUGCCAGGCGGAGGGGCCGGGGCCGGGGCCACAGGCGGCAGCGGCCAAAGAUGUGCCCCGCGCGGGUGCCGGCCUGAGGGAGUAAGGACGCCGCCCCCGCCAUGUCCCAGGUGCUGCACAUCGAGAUUCCCAACUUUGGGAGCACCGUGCUGGGCUGCCUGAAUGAGCAGCGCCUGCUGGGCCUCUACUGCGAUGUGUCCAUCGUGGUCAAGGGCCAGGCCUUCAAGGCCCACCGGGCCGUGCUGGCCGCCAGCAGCCUCUACUUCCGAGACCUGUUCAGCGGCAACAGCAAGAGCGCCUUCGAGCUGCCGGGCUCUGUGCCGCCCGCCUGCUUCCAGCAGAUCCUGUCCUUCUGCUACACGGGCCGGCUGACCAUGGCGGCCAGCGAGCAGCUGGUGGUCAUGUACACAGCCGGUUUCCUGCAGAUCCAGCACAUUGUGGAGCGUGGCACGGACCUCAUGGCCAAGGUGAGCUCGCCCCACUGCGACUCGCAGACCGCCAUGGUGGACGAUGCCAGCUCGGAGCCCCAGAGCCCCUGCAACCAGCUGCAGCCGGCUGCCGCCCCCUACGUCGUGUCUCCCUCGGUGCCCAUCCCGCUGCUCACCCGAGUGAAGCAUGAAGCCGUGGAGCUGCCGCCGGCCACCGGCCCGGGCCUCGCACCCAAGCGCCCGCUGGAGAUGGGGCCCCGGGACGGCUCCGUGGCAGCGGCCAGCGCCGCCCCUCUCAAGCUGCCCCGGGUCUCCUACUACGGUGUGCCCAGCCUGGCCACCCUCAUCCCCGGCAUCCAGCAGGUGCCCUACUCCCAGGGGGAGAGGACCAGUCCAGGCGCCAGCAGCCUGCCCACCACGGACAGCCCCACUUCCUACCACAAUGAGGAGGACGAGGAGGACGACGAGGCCUACGACACCAUGGUGGAGGAGCAGUACGGCCAGAUGUACAUCAAGGCCACCGGCGGCUAUGCAGUGCAAGAGAAGCCAGAGCCAGCGCCCUUGGAGAGUCGCUCCUGUGUCCUCAUCCGCCGGGACCUGGUGGCCCUGCCCGCCAGCCUCAUCAGCCAGAUCGGGUACCGCUGUCACCCCAAGCUCUACUCCGAGGGGGACCCCGGGGAAAAGCUGGAGCUCGUGGCAGGCUCCGGGGUCUACAUCACGCGGGGUCAGCUCAUGAACUGCCACCUCUGCGCGGGGGUCAAGCACAAGGUGCUGCUGAGGCGGCUCCUGGCCACCUUCUUUGACAGAAACACGCUGGCCAACAGCUGCGGCACUGGCAUUCGCUCGUCCACCAGUGACCCUAGCCGCAAGCCGCUGGACAGCCGAGUCCUGAACGCUGUGAAACUGUACUGUCAGAACUUCGCCCCCAGCUUCAAGGAGAGCGAGAUGAACGUGAUCGCGGCGGACAUGUGCACCAACGCCCGGCGCGUGCGCAAGCGCUGGCUGCCCAAGAUCAAGUCCAUGCUGCCCGAGGGUGUGGAGGUGUACCGCUCGGUGAUGGGCGCGGCCGCGGGCCUGGACGCCGACUUCCCGCCGGGCCUGGAGCCGCGCGUGUUCGAGCGCAGGCCCGACGCCGCGCCCCUCGCGGGCCUGAGAACUGAGGCCGGGAGCGCCGACCUGGGCGCCGCCAACGCCGCCUUCGAGGCCGGCGAGGAGGCCGACGGCGCGGGCUCGGUCAUCCAGGAGGUGGCCGCCCCGGAGCCGCUGCCCGCCGACGGCCAGAGCCCGCCGCGGCCCUUCGAGCCGGCGGGCGGCAGCUCCAGCCGGCCGCAGACGCCGGCCCGGAGGCAGGAGGGCGCCUACCCCGGGCCCUUGUAGAGCCGGAGGGACAGAGGGACGGUACUAAAGCUGCAUGCAUGCCCUACUAAUCCAAUGUGAUCAAGCCACUCACCUACUGGGCUGCUACUGUUGCCUGAAAACAAUGUGAUUUUUACCCUGCUUGUAUCAAACUGACGAAGGUAGUGCAUCGUUAUACUGUAACGAUCGGGACGGGCGGAAGGGCCCUGCCCCGCCUCCUUCCUGACAUUCUGAGUUACUGAGUCUAACUCCCCACCCGCUCCAGGGGCCGCAGCCUGUCCCAGCUCCUGCCGCCGCUGCUGCUCCAGGGACUGGCUGGGCAUAGUCCCGGGACCGGACAUCCCCCGCGGGCGCUCAGCAGGACUCCGCCCCCAAGGGCCAAACUCCUUGUUUUCCUUUGUCCUAAGACUUGUCCACCAUGUGUGAAGGGGUGUGUGUGGGGGGUCAGAGUGAAGUGAGUGAUGCGUGUGCCUGUGUGUGUGGUAUGCGCACCUGUGUACCUGUUGGUGAGGUAUGGGCACGUGUGCAUCUGUGUGCAGUACCUGUCUGUCUUUGUGUGCGGUACAUGUGUGCACGUGUGUACCUGUUAUGUACAGUAUUGUGCACACAUAUCUGUGUGAGCAUACACACUCGUGUGCUGACUGAGAGACAUGGGCCGGUGCAUGUACACGUGUGUGAGCCCAUGUGCCGUGUGUGGGCCCGUGUGCUGAUUGUGUGUGGGUGUGGAGCAGGGGAAGGUGAGUGGGACUCGGCCUUCCCUCCCGCCCCUCACCCUUUAGGUCUCUUCCCCCCCACACCCCUCGUCAGGCACCGAGUCCUCUGGGGGCUACGCUCGCCUCCUCAGCCACUUGGAAUUGUUUAUUUGUUUUUGUCUUAAUUCAGAAAAAUUUCAUACAUGGUUUGGAAACGUUCAGACCCCAAAAAGCAAAAAAAGAUUUAAAAACAGAGAAGUGGGUUGGAGGGUGUUCUGCCACCCUCUCUGAGCCCACCGUGACCCAGGCAGGUCCCUGAAGGCUCCCUGGCCCCACACCCCCCGUGGGGCCGGAGUCCAGUGAGGAGGCUCUCGGCCUGCACCCCUGCCUGGAGCUUGGUGGGGGCCUGCGUGCAGGGGCAGGGACCGGCUUGCUGCUCCGAGGCAGCCCUGCGGGCCUCACCCCAUGCAGCCCGUGUGGGGCGUCCAGGGGGGCAUGUCUGCCUCCUCCCUCCUCCCCACCCACGCUGUGGAGCCCUCUAGAACAAUCCGCCAGCACCUGGGAAGGUGAUCGGUGUUCUGGGAGCCGCUGCACCCUCUCCCUGUCCGCCUCCCUCCCCUGGGGGGGCUGCCAGGGGCUGCCCAGCCACGUACCUCCUCCCCGGCUUGGGCCCCCUGGGCCCGGGACCAAUCCUCCAGACUGUGGGGGCCCCGCCUGUGCUCUGGAGCUUCCCUUCAUCGCCGACCCCCCCCAUCUGCACUUUAAUUUGACCCUCCCUGGGGACCUUCCAGGACGGGCCCACCUGCCCUAACUUUGACAGAGAAGCUCUCUCCUCUCUAACGUGGGGGUCCCCACCAGCGCAGAGGGGGCCGGCGGGCUGCAGGAGGAUUUGCACUAAUGUGCCCGCGGUGGUGGGCAGGAGCUUGGCGACGGGCACAGCUGCUGAUUGUAUCCGCUGGGCGCUCCCUCGGCGUCCGGAAUGUUCCUGAAUGUUGUAUGGGGCGGGCGACGGUGGGCCCGGGCUCCUGGGGCCUUCAGAGUGCCUUAGCAUCUUUUGAUCAUUUUUCCCAAGGGAAACCAAUUAAGGAAACCAUCCCCUCCCCACUCUGUUUACAAGACACUCGGUCCCGUCCUGUCCCGUCCCGCCCCAGCUCAGUAUUUAGGAGAUGUCGCACCUCGCGCCCUCGGCUUGAUUAUUAGCAAUACGCAUAUACUACAUAGUCUAUUCUACAGCUAAGUCAUACCUGCGCCUUCGAGGAAGACGGCCUGUGGCGGCUCGAGGGCCGGAGGUCAGUAGGAGGGACAGGAGAUGUGGCAGAUACUGUGAGCACGCCUCGUACUUGAACUGUCUGUCUGUGCACUGUGCCGGGCGCCCGCAGCGGGCGCUUCACUUCACGUGGGAUUCGGCUUCUCACUUGGCCCUGAACAUGGAUGCCGCGGAGAGCCCGGGCUGGCUUCUGGGGGAGGCGGGCCCAUCUGGGUGGGGCCUGGCCGCUCAGACGGGUCACUUUAUGGGACACUCGACCGGUGGGCCGGGGCCCGGGGCCUUCUUGUCGACACCAGAGGCCGCCCGGAGCUUUAGCUACUGUUGGAGAAUGUCCCUGUUGAAGGGACUCCCCAGCCCCGUGCAGGGCUGGGGCUGGAGGUUUCAGAAGUGGCAGAGGUCUUUGGUGUGUUAGUUUGUUUGAGAACGGGAAGAAGCUUAAUGCGGAGUCAAAGGCUUUCAGAUCGGACGACCUGCUUGGAUCAGCCGCAUCCAUUGCUAGCGUUUUGCACAUGAUUGUAAUUUUUAUGUCAGAAGAAGCCAAAACUUGCAAUACUAUUUUUAGCAGACAAAAAAACCCGAACUAAGUGUAAAAUGUAUAAAUAUUUUUGACUUGAACAUUUGGAUGGCGCUGGGUGCGAACAGCCAUUCAUCCUUUGGAUGGAAUGUUUGGGCAGAGACUUUUCUGAAGGAGUCGGCUGUCCCGGGCGCCUGGGGGUAGCUAGUACUGUAGCUCACGACUGUUAAUAAAUCCAGUUCUCUGAGCGCCAGCGUUGCCGAGCUGUUCUUUCUGUUGGUCUGUUUGCUUGUCUGUUUGAAGGAGGAACUCCGGGCUCGCGCUCCGUCCUCCCCCCUGUAUCCUGCUCGCUGCCACACACCCGCGUGGUGGCCACUGGCGUUCCUUACACACAGCAGGAUGUGAUCUUACUUGUAAAGUGCUUUGUAAACUUCACAUUUACAAAAUAAUAAAGUCAGUUCAAACCAG